AAUAAAAACUGGGAUUCUGAUCUUUGAUCCCCUUGUAGCGUGAUAGGUUAGGUAAAAUUCUCUCUUUCUCCAAUAUCCACGCUUUCUCUUCCAGAGUUCCAUCUACUCUGUACCCACCCACCCUUGAGAAUCUCAUUCCCUUCAUUCGAUGUGUUACUGCUGCGGCCACCAACAUUCCUUGUCACCUGACGACCUAAUCCCCUCAAGAAACCGCCAAUCCCACGACGACACAUCUGUAGUGGAUCUUCGGAGCCGCUUCGCCGAGACCGAAGCUCGCCUAGAACGAGUCAGGGCUCUAGAAGCCGAGCUCAAUCGCCGGCUUGAGGAAAUGAACCGGUUCGUUUCUGUUAUGGAGAUCCUCGUGACCUACCUCAAGCGAAGGCUUCAAGAGCAGCAGGAACACGUCGGCCGCCUCUCUUCUCGUCUUGACUUGCUAAAUAGCGUUUAAUUCUAGGUGAUUUUAACAUACGCAUCCCCUUGUUUACAUUUGUUUUUGCGUUUUUUACCUUUUCCCCCUCUUUUUUGUUGAAAUCUUAGGGUUUUGCUGUUAAUUUGUGGUGUGAGUUUAUCAGUGAUAAGAGCACACAGAUUUAGAACUUUUUUUAUGUGAUUUAUGGUUCUUAUACCUCCUCUUGUUUACAUUACUAUCUUGUAGUUUGUUCUUAGUUUUGUAAAAGGGAAAUGCUAUGAAUUCGUUGCUCGUCA